CAGAGGAAAAUAGAGAGAAAAAUAUCGAAGGAAUUAUGGAGGGAAUUAUGGAAGGAAAUACAAAGGGAAAUAUGGAGGAAAAUAGGGAGGGAAUUAUAAAGGGAAUUGUAGAGGAAAAUACGGAGAGAAAUACGGAGGAAAAUAGAGAGGGAAUUAUAGAGAGAAAUACGGAGGAAAAUAUGGAGAAAAAUGCGGGAGAAAGUAUAGAAAAAAAUAUAGCUAAUGAAAAAGCAAGAAUGAAAUUAGCAAUCGAGGAACUGGACAAUUUAUUAAAAAAGGAUGAUGAACAUAUGGAUAAAGGAACUAAGGUUCACUUACAAGCAUCACUGCAAUACUUGCGGUUAAGACACCAAGGUUGGACUAAAAUUCACGCAAGUGCGACAAUUGCUAGCUCAUUAGGCUGGGGCGAUUAUAAAGCAAGAUUACCAAAGGAUAAUCGUGGAAAGUUCAUAAAGGUAGUGAGUCUUAUUGAUGAUGAAAGGAUAUCUUUAAAGGUGUUGAAAAAAAGACAACUAUCAGUGAAAGAACCACGUCAAUAUGGCUCAACAAGUUGGGAUAGUACUAUAAGGAAACCUCUUCUUAUUGAAUACGAUAAAAAUGAUCUGAAUAAAUUAGUUGAAAAAAUAUUCCCUAAUGAAAUGCCACAUUGUGUAAUAACACAUGAUGAAACAACAUUAGCCGCAAACGAUAAUAAAAAGACCGGAUGGGCUCCUGAAAGUAAACAAAAACUACGUCCAAAAGGACGAGGUAGAUGCAUUCACAUUAGUGAAUUUUUAUGUGAGCCUUUGGGGCGUGUUCAUUUAACUACAGAACAACACUUAUCCUAUCCAGAAAUUCCAAACAGAUAUGUUACAGAAAUUCUUGAAGUUGGUGCAAACCACGACGAUUAUUGGAAUAUUCAAUUGCUUGCUAAACAACUUAAACACGUGAUUGAUAUUUUGAAAAUUGCACACCCAAUACAAUCUUUGUUUUUGGAAGAUGCGUUAGUAGCAAGUAGAAUGAAUGUAAAAUAUGGUGAAAAACAGCUGCGAAUGCAUCCUGGUCGAUUACCUGAUG